AUGCGAAGAGCUUGCUUUCUAAUUUCUUUUCAAGUUGUCCUGAAAGAGUCUGGACAGGAUUAUGUCCCUGAAUGGUUUCAACAAUCUCUGAAAGCAAGUCAAGCGGAUCUUCAACUAGAACCGAUUAUUAUAGAGCUUGAAGGGGAUGAUGAAGACCGAAACAAAAUUUGUGAAAUUCUUCCUAAAGGUGGCAUAAUAAUAGACUUAACAUGGACUGGCAAUGAGCAAGCCGAGAAAGUUGCCCUUGAUGUUGGAAUUCUUUAUGUCAAAAUAGAUAUUUCAAUCAGCCCUGCGCUGCUCCUAUUAGACAAAUUUUUAGAAUACCGAAAUUCAACAGACGUGACUCUAAUUUUUGACAAUCCUGAAAAAGUUGACGAAGCACUUUAUUUUUGGAUAGACACAACGUUAUUGCGGAUGGUAAUUUCAGAAAGUUUAGAUAAAACAACAGCAAAUAGAUUGAAAGCUAUUCGACCGAUUCCUAACAAUUUUGCCAUUGUAGCAACAAGUUCAAAUAUGGAGGAGCUUCUCGAAACGGCGCUUGAUGAAAAUCUAGUCACAUUGCCUGAAAGAUGGAACUUGGUAUUUCUUGAUUUUCAGUACCAACAGUUCGAUAAAAAGCUGCUCAAAAAUUUACCGAUUAAUUCAUUAUACAUGGAUAAAGAAAUUUGUUGCAAGUUUCUGAAAACUGAAAAGUGUGAAUGUCCACAUGAUUUCAAUCUUCAAGAAAAUUUUCUCUCUUUAGCCAUCAAUACGUUGAUGAAAAUUUUAAAAACUUUGAUUACGGAAAAUUUAGAAUUGACGUCAAAUUUAAACUGUGACGAUUCUCAUUACAGUGAAGCAACCAGAAACAGAUUUUACGAACUUUUGCAACAAGAAGUCGAUUCAAAUGAUUUAAUUUAUAAAGAAAAUUUCGCUCUACAUGUUAACAUCAAUGGUAUCGUAGAAAUUGGAGAUGAAAAAGUGGCGGAAUACAAUUACAAAACAGGAGUUACGGUUUUAGACGGUAAAAAAAUCGAACCCAUUACUCCAUUUUUCCGAAUUGGGAUAACUCAUGCUUUACCAUGGUCGUAUAAAGAAACCGAUUCUUCGGGAAACACCUACUGGACCGGCUACUGCGUCGAUUUCACUGAAGAGUUGUCAAAACUUAUGGGUUUUGGAUACGAGUUUGUGGAACCUAAAAGUGGUACCUUUGGUAAGAAAAAGGACGGAGUUUGGGAUGGUGUAGUUGGGGAUUUGGCUACUGGGGAAACCGAUCUGGCAAUAACUGCUUUGAUAAUGACAGCCGACCGAGAAGAAGUAAUAGAUUACGUUGCUCCAUACUUCGAGCAAACCGGAAUAACCAUCGUGAUGCGGAAACCUGUCCGUAAAACCUCCUUAUUCAAAUUUAUGACUGUUUUAAAACUUGAAGUGUGGUUAAGUAUAGUUGGAGCGUUGAUUGUGACAGGGUUUAUGGUUUGGUUUCUUGACAAAUACUCGCCUUAUAGUGCGAGGAAUAACAAAAAAGCGUAUCCAUACCCUACUAGAGAAUUCACCUUGAAAGAAAGUUUUUGGUUUGCUCUCACGUCUUUUACUCCUCAAGGAGGAGGUGAGGCUCCUAAAGCACUCUCAGGACGCACUUUAGUAGCUGCCUAUUGGUUGUUUGUUGUUCUUAUGUUAGCCACUUUUACGGCAAAUUUAGCAGCUUUCUUGACUGUCGAACGUAUGCAGACACCGGUGCAAUCAUUAGAACAGCUCGCCAAACAAUCGAGAAUUAAUUACACAGUCGUGAAAGACUCUGACACACAUAAAUAUUUUAUUAAUAUGAAACAUGCCGAGGAUACUUUAUACAGAAUGUGGAAAGAAUUGACUUUAAACGCGUCAACUGACGAUACGCAAUAUCGAGUUUGGGAUUAUCCAAUUCGCGAACAAUACGGCCAUAUUUUAUUGGCUAUUAAUGACUCAAAUCCUGUUCCGAAUGCUUCUGAGGGUUUCAGAAUUGUAAAUGAGCACACAGAUGCUGAUUUCGCUUUCAUUCACGAUUCUUCCGAAAUUAAAUACGAGAUCAGCAAAAAUUGCAAUUUGACUGAAGUUGGAGAAGUUUUUGCCGAAAGACCUUACGCUGUUGCUGUUCAACAAGGAAGUCACUUACAAGACGAAAUAAGCAAAACAAUUUUAAAUUUGCAAAAAGACCGAUUCUUUGAACAACUACAAGCUAAAUAUUGGAACCAUUCGGGGAAAGGUAGCUGUCCGACUACUGAUGAUAACGAGGGAAUAACUCUCGAAAGUUUAGGUGGAGUGUUCAUUGCAACACUUUUUGGUUUGGCUUUAGCUAUGAUAACUUUAGUUGGAGAAGUUUUGUACUACCGGAGAAAAAGUAAAAUAGAAAAUUCAGAUACGAAAAAGCCGAAAACGGUUGAAAAGUCUGAAAACUGGAAGGAAGACAAUUUGAAACCUAUUUCUUUAAUAAAUAAAGACAAACAGUCUGUUACUAUUGGUACGGAGUUUAAACCUGUUAACAGACAUAAAAGAGAUUUGUCGGAAUUUGGUCACAUUACGUUGUAUCCAAGAGCAAGAAACAGAAUUACGCAGACUAAUAAUGAAUAAAUUAUUAUGUCAACAAAAAUCAUAAAUACUUUGAUUGCAAUCUGUUUUAGCCUAAAUUUAAUUAAAGAAUUUGUCAAUCAGAGCGCUUAAUGUAACGCAUUAAUUAAAAUAUUUUUCCUUUGAA